AGCUCUAUUUGAUUCGAUUAGAGACACAAAAAAAGCAACCGCUGACUGCAGCAAUGGUUGUUGCUAGAAAGCGUGUUCCUGUUGACAUGGGUUCCACAGCCCACCCGUAUGCCGGGCAGCGCCAAGAACAGAUUCUCAAGGAGAUCCAGGCCUCGUGCCAGGGCAGAGGCCAUUGCGUUGUGCCGUUUCUACGGAAAAUCUCCUGAAGAGAUGACGGACACCUUCAAGCUGUUCAAGUCCAAGAAUUCUCCACGUGAGGCACCCGAGGCAGUGCCGAAAUUGGGCAAACUCCUGCCACCAGUUUUCCAUCGCCCGGAACAGACCUUCUUCCCACAUGCCCCCACCUUGGUGGGUGCAAGUGGUUUGGGACAAGGUCCCGGCAACUACUGUCAUCAAGAAAUUGGUGGGACAGCGGAACGACGAGUGUUUGAUGAUGAUGUUUGUUCGAUGCCUCCAUCCAGGGGCUCUCAGGCAACUGUCAGAUCGAAGCAAAGCAAUGGAUUCGCUCGAGCUGAGUCAGCUGGUGACAUUCGAUUGUCACGUGGCUCCUCAAGAAGCCGGCUUUCGUCAUCGUCUGCCCUGUUGCGACAAGAGAUUCAAAAAGCGGUACUGCGGGAAGUUUCCCGAUUAUCUACCCCUGAAGUAAGCAAUCCUGACGCUGCUUGCCCUCUUUCUCAGCGAGCAAUCGGUCACUCAGGGUCCUUGUGAUGCUUAGGCAGCAGCACGUAUUGUGCUUUUCCAGUUGCUGCAUGGGGCAACAAAGACUUGCUUAGUUGCUCCAAUUCCUGUCUUAUGAUCAAAUCACAGUCUAGUUCGAUUCCCGUAGAUAGAUGCUGAGAUACUUAAAGUAUCCAAGUAUCUGCGUGAUGCUUAAAGCACUGCAAAGCAGUGUUGCACCACUCUGGACAGCCACAGCAGAAAACAGCAUUUGACCUUUACUAAGCUGUUGCAUGGUACAACGUAUGCUGUCAGGCAAGAACUGCAAGUCUGGUC